UCCCACAAUGCUCAGCGAACAUCACCACCAAGAUGGCUGACGCUAUGGAGGAAUAUGAGAAAGAGGCUGGCUGCGUCCCUAUUCUCCAUCCCGAGGAAAUCAAACCCCAGAGUCAUUACAACCACGGCUACAGUGAGAAUGUCAGCCGUAAAAACCAUGUGGAUGACUACAGCACCUGGGACAUUGUCAAAGCCACACAGUACGGCAUCUUCGAGCGCUGCAGAGAGUUGGUGGAGGCGGGCUUCGAUGUUCGGCAGCCAGACAAAGAAAACGUAACGCUCCUCCACUGGGCCGCCAUCAACAACAGGAUAGAUUUAGUCAAGUACUACAUAUCAAAGGGAGCCAUAGUGGACCAGCUGGGAGGAGACCUCAACUCCACACCUCUGCACUGGGCCACCAGACAAGGCCAUCUAUCCAUGGUGGUGCAGCUCAUGAAAUAUGGCGCGGACCCGUCUUUGAUCGAUGGCGAGGGCUGCAGUUGCGUUCAUCUGGCCGCCCAGUUCGGCCACACCUCCAUCGUGGCCUACCUAAUCGCUAAAGGACAGGAUGUGGACAUGAUGGAUCAGAACGGCAUGACUCCUCUGAUGUGGGCGGCUUACAGGACACACAGCGUGGAUCCCACCCGGCUGCUACUGACCUUCAACGUGUCUGUCAACCUGGGCGACAAAUAUCACAAGAACACAGCGCUGCACUGGGCCGUGCUGGCCGGCAACACCACUGUCAUCAGCCUGCUGCUGGACGCCAAUGCUAACGUCGACGCACAGAACAUCAAGGGUGAAACACCGCUAGAUCUUGCCAAGCAAAGGAAGAACGUUUGGAUGAUCAAUCACUUACAGGAAGCACGGCAGGCCAAAGGCUACGACAGCCCAUCCUACCUGAAGAGACUGAAGAUGGACAAGGAGUUCAGGCAGAAGGUGAUGCUAGGAACACCCUUCCUGGUCAUCUGGCUAGUUGGUUUCAUCGCUGACCUAGACAUUGACUCCUGGCUGAUCAAAGGCCUCAUGUACGCCGGCGUCUGGGUCACCGUGCAGUUCCUCUCCAAGGCUUUCUUCGACCACUCCAUGCACAGCGCUCUCCCUCUGGGAAUCUAUCUGGCCACCAAGUUCUGGAUGUACGCCACCUGGUUCUACUGGUUCUGGAACGAUCUACCCUUUGCCACUGUCCAUGUGCCCUUCCUGAUAAACACCCUGGCUCUGUUCUACAACUUUGGCAAAUCCUGGAAGUCUGACCCAGGAAUUAUCAAAGCGUCAGAGGAGCAGAAGAAAAAGACAAUUGUGGAGCUGGCAGAGACAGGCAGCCUGGAUCUGAGCAUAUUCUGCAGUACCUGCUUGAUACGGAAGCCCAUCAGGUCCAAACACUGCGCCGUGUGCAACCGCUGCAUCGCCAAGUUCGACCACCACUGUCCCUGGGUGGGGAACUGUGUCGGAAGUGGGAAUCACCGCUACUUCAUGGGUUAUCUGUUCUUCCUGCUCUGCAUGAUCUGCUGGAUGAUGUACGGCUGCAUUUCCUACUGGAGGAUCCACUGUGCCACCAGUUACGCCAAGGAUGGUUUCUGGCUCUAUCUGACCCAGAUCGCCUCCUGCUCUCCCUGGAUGUUCUGGAUGUUCCUCAACAGCGUGUUCCACUUCAUGUGGGUGGCCGUGCUCAUCAUGUGUCAGCUCUACCAGAUCGCGGCUCUGGGGAUCACCACCAACGAGAGGAUGAACGCUCGGAGAUACAAGCACUUUAAAGUCACAGCCACGUCCAUCGAAAGUCCCUUCAAUCAUGGCUGCAUCAGAAACCUCAUAGAUUUCUUCGAGAUCCGCUGCUGCGGUCUGAUCCGGCCCGUGGCGGUGGACUGGACCACGCAGUACACAAUAGAAUACGACCAGACGUCUGGCUCGGGCUACCAGCUGGUGUAGAGGAGAAAGAGGAGGAUGAGGAGGAGGAAGAAGAGGGGGCGGAGCAGGGUGGAGUCGAGUGUCGCCCGGUGGAGUUUGGAAGCAUCACCCUCCCCGUCCCCCUCCCCCGGCGUUCAUAUCGGAGCGAUGCUGUUCUCGGGAGCGCUUGCUUUUUUUCAGACCAUCUCUCCCUCACCGAUCAAAA